AUGUCUGGUAAUAAUAUAAUAAAAAAUCAACUUAUAGUAAAAGUUAAUGAACUAACAGCAGCAUUUAAUGAACAAAAAGAAUAUCAUAUUAAUGAAAUCAGUCUUUACCAAACAACUUUUGAAAAACAAAAACAAGAAAUAAAAGAAAAUUAUGCUAAUGAAAUUAAAAAAACUCAUAAACGUGAAAGAGAAGAAAGAGAAAGAAAUUAUAAACAUAAAACAGAUCUUAUUCAACAAACUAUAGAUCAUUUAGAACUAACUAUUAGAACUUUACAAACUCAGAUUAAUAACUUUGAAAAUAUAUCAACUCCUGAACUAUACUAA